AUGAAUGACUCAUUGUAUAAUUUUAUUAUAUCUACAUCUGAAAGAAAAGAAUAUUUAUAUUCUCUUUUAGAUUUUUCAAAUGCAGUACAAACUGGAGAAUUUCUUGCCUCUAAGAUUUCAGAAAUUAUAGACAGAGUUGGUUCUAAUAAAUUCGUGGCUUGCAUAACAGAUAAUAGAAGCAAUAUUCGUGUUGCUCAUGAAGUUACUACAUAUAACUAUUCACAUAUUUGGAAUAUUAGAUGCAUCACAUAUGUGAUAAAUCUUAUAUCAAAUGAUAUAGUAAAAACACAAUCUGUUAAUCAAGUUCUAAAACAAGCUAGUCAAAUUAUUCAAUUUUUCAUAAAAUCACAUUUAGCAUGUCGACUUCUUCGUGAAGGUAUAGAAAAUAUGAAUAUAAGUGGUAGUGGUUUAGAAACAUAUACUGAAACAAGAUGGGUUUCUAUCUUUAAAACUACAUCUUUGAUUAUAAGAUUAAAACUGGUUUUUGAAAAU